GGCAACAGUGGGGUGAAUAUUAUUAACUGCAAACGUGCAGACAAGACCUGUUAGGCUGAUCUGUCAGUCAAACUUUUCACUGUAGAGGAGAAGAUCACAGAGGCUGAUUUUUAAACCUUUGCUGCCAAAGAUAAGAUCAAAAACCUGGCCAUGUCAUGUCAUCAUAAAAACAACUAACAAACAAACUGACAGACUGGCAAACAUAACUGACAAAAUAAUUUACUGACAUUCAAUGCAACAUAAUUACCUGGAAUUAGUGAUUAACUGCACCAUUUGUGUUUUCUUAACCUCCCUACUGGUCAACUUAUCUAUCUGUGUAAUGUAACAAAGAUUCAAGUUAACCUUUGAACAAACCUCCAACACUAUUCAGAAGAGAACCUGAUUUGUUGAAUUACCACAGAAGAGCUAGUUAAACUAUUUAUUGGAUUUGUAUCUGUAGCAAUUUGAUUUGUUUAUUCCCUUCCUUGAUUUUCAUGUACCCCAAACCCUAACUUGAAAACAAAAACCUGUUGUUGCCAUAGCAACAGGUUGGUACACUACAUACACUAUUAUGUAGUGUACCAACAUAAUAGUGAAUGUUGGUACACUAUAAUCAGAUAUGUUCCUCUGAAUCUCUAAGCACUCUGCACAGGAACACAGGGAGAGUGUUUGUCAAGGAGGAAUAACAUUCCUCUGCUUCAGCAGUGGACUGAUGCAGAAAGUCACGACAGCCCCUGUGGCUUAUGCUUGACUGUUAGAGCUCAGACGUGUAAACUGGUCUGCCAGGGUGGAGGCUAGCAGAAGCCCAACUCUAGCCCAAACAUUCUAUCAUAGCAGACGGGUUGAAAAAUAAUUUUGGCUCAGGAUGGUCAGAGGAGUGCAUUUUGGGGGUUUUCAUGUAAGCCUGAUCUUCCUUCUGAUGUUCUCUUUCGAAGGCUCGUUGCUGAAGGAGCAAAGCAGGAAUGCAGAGGUGACUCAAGGGCUCAGCAAAGCUAUCUUAGAAAUGCUGCAUAUCAAGAAAGUGUCGGCGAGUCAUCAGGCCAAACCUCAUCCUUACAUGAAUAGGAUCUAUCAACAUCUGGAGUCACUGGAAGCUCAAGACUUUGGAAGAUCAGAUGGAAUCCUGGUGCAGAGUUUUCGAAGUGUUGAUGGGCCCCAUCAUGCUCCACAAGGAUGGAUCUGGUUCAACAUCAGCAGACUGAACCUGUCCAUGCUGGGUGCAGAGUUGGUCCUCUACAGGAAGACCCUCCAUUCAUGCCCUCUCAGUGUCACUGUGACCCUGCACAGCAUCAUUGCAUCAUUGCACAAUCUGAAUGAAAUUCCUGCUCUAGAGGAGAGGCAGCUGAUGCUGGACCAGCGGCCCUCUUCUGGGUACGAUGUUUUCAAUGUGUCUGCUGUUUUGGCUAUGCAGCAUCUGGAGGUGGUGGGCUUCCAGUUGAGGUAUACAGAUGAGAGUGGGAGUUUGGUCCUCCAUGAGGCGCUGACACAGAGUCUGUACUGUUUGAGCAGAGGGUAUCUGCAGGAACCCUUACUGGUGCUUUACGAAGCACAGCCUUUUCAGUUCUAAUGUUACCUUGACCACAGGAAAUUCAAGGAAAAACUAUGCAGUGUAUUUCCUCUUGUAUCUGAUGGCAGAAAUUCCUAAAAAGUAUAUUUUGUUUUGAAUGAGUCGCUAUGCAUUUUUCUGUCAUUUAAAAUGAAGUUUGGCUUGUCUGAGAAACAAGUGAUGAAUAAUUCAAACAGCCAGCUGACAACAUUCAGAUAGAGCAGAAUUCUGAAGUGAAGCUCCUUCAAGGUUGUAAGCAGUUAAUUUUUUUUUUUUAUAAAUCCAGACUAGUUAGUCGUGGAGACUAAAGCUAAAGUCUAAUCUGAGAGGGACGAAGACCAAGGCAUUCUUCAGUCUGAAUACAUUAGCGGUUUUGUUAAAGCUAUUUUAGUCAUCUUUAAACCAUUGUCACAGAACCAUUGUUCUCCCUACAUGUAACCUCCUUUGUCUUUGACAUUGUAUAAUAAAACAAAGAUGCUCAUCUUAAGGUAGUAGUCUGUAUUUGCUAUCAUCAGUUGAGCUUUUUUUUUUUUUAUAUUUCAUUCAUUCAGAGGUCAUAGGGGAUAAAUACGGAGGGGUGGCACUCUGUUCAGAUUUUCAUUUGCAAAAGAACUGAAAUCUAAAUUUCUAAAUCAGACAAGUCAAAUGGGUGAGGAUUACACCUACCUACCUACCUACUUUAAAGCACCGCUUGUAUAACUUUUUGGCUUGUAUAACUUUUUCCAAUAUGUCGUGACUGCUUUCUAG